AUUGAAAAAUGCGUCUGUGCAUGGUGCUCACAUAUAUAACUUCGCCCAGUCCCACUCUUGAAGGCUUGGAGCUCCAGAUACAACAGCGAGUGGCAACCUGCGGGUCGCGCCAGCCAACAUCGUCAGAGCCUUUCAUGCGAUGGUAUAUUCUUUUGGCCAAACACGAGCUGCGGCGUAUUUGAGCAGCGUGGAUGCCGAAAUAACUGGACAGCGACUCGAACAACCUGCUGGAUGGCUCUUGUCGUUGGCCCUCCUCAUAUUCAGCAUCACAUUGUCCUCGGCCAUCAUGUGCGAGCGGAUACCAUCCAGCAAAGAACAGCGCUUCGCUAUGACUCCGGUAGAUGUGGCGGUCUUGGCUAUCUCAUCCCUCACAUGGACUUACGCAGCAUAUCAAAGCGUUUACCGUCUUCUCUUCGCUCUACCGUUGUUGGAUAUGCGAGUUCUUUGCUUGAUCAAGGCAUUCAUCUCCAACUCGAUCACGGUCAUGUCCUUGUAUGUCUUUCUGUUCAUCACUCUGGAGACUGCUAGGCAAAUCAACUAUCCUGGCGUCAAACGAAUGAAGUGCGGGGAGUACCAGUGUGGCCUCGCGGCCAUGCUCCUUCUAUUCCCCCUUGUGCCAAUGUGCUUUUAUCGUGUGAGCAGUACACCGCGAGGCACCACUUGUGUGAUCGGGAUGCCAAGAGACAUCACAGUGCCAUGGAUGGUAGCAAUCGCCCUUCACAACGCCUAUGCUGCUCUUCGCAUCUGUCUGCCUCUUCUGACCAUCGACAAUCAACGCCUCAGAGCAUGGGCUAUUAGCUCGGCCAUUGCUGUGGUACUCUGCAUCUGUGGCUGUAGUGUUGUUUUCACUCUUAUUAUGGUCUGCAACGAGUACUUUUACUACACCCACAUUCUAUGCCUCAUGCAAUCGGGAUUGACGUUGAUGUCUAGUGCGGCUUAUAUCAUGACCUGGCGGCCGGCCUAUAAAGUCAGCACCAGAGAAUGCGCGGCGACGCUGAAGAGCAUUUCAGAGUUCCUAUUACCAUCAGAGUCAGUGACCUUGACUAGCACUGGAAAUCCGCCGAAAUGCGAUUCGGUUUGUUGUAUGAGCCAAGACAAGCCCAGAUCAAUGCUUGACGAGUUGCAUGGCAAUGGUCAUGGCUCAUCAGAGCUCAAUGUUGACAUCAGUCCUUCAGCUGCCUCCCAUUUCAAGCGUUGGAUGGUCAAACAAGAUACCGAAUACGAUACUUUACCACCCUCACCAACAAUAAGCUGGUCAUCUGCUGCGGCUCCCAGAUUGGAUUCGACACCUUCUUUCAUGCGUCGCAAUUCCUCUUCUAGUCUUCCGGAAGUCGAACCACUUCAGUCAUCUCUCUUGUAUUGGAAGAGCUCGUCGCGGCGUCGGUCUUUAGCUGCGAAGGUCGACGAUCUGGAAGACGAACGACGACGAGUUGCAUCGACUGUUGCAUCCCUCGAGGUCGACGAUUUACAUGCUCAGGAGCAGAAUGACCUGUGGAGCAAUUGGCCGCCAGUCGUCGUUGGCUUGGGACCAGAUCGAGACUUUGACGAUCAAGCAGGCAGCUACAACGUUCAAUUCCAGGAAAGAAGCAUUGAAUUCCGUCAGAUGCAAGGCUCGCCAUCUCCAGCAAAGCGCGCUGCGUUCUUGUCAGCACCUGCAGUCCGUGGACGUACUGCUCUGCGCGCAUCGCCUUUGGCCUAAGGCAUAUCGGACUUGGAGAGCGUGUUCAUUUCAGUGUGAGCACCAGAGGUCGAUGCACAUAGCUGAGAAACGCACGCAUGCCCAGAUCUUUCGACGGACUGCUGCAAUCGAACAAUGACGGCAGCUUCAAGGUACCUAGUUACCACGAAGUAAUAGCUAUAGGCGCCAUGAGGCUCGUGCGUCGUUUUAUUUACAAGUAUGUUAAGAAUUAGAGCCAUUGCUAUGUUCCUAUCCGAUUGCAU